GCAAAUUUUUUCAUACAUCUGAAUAUUACGACAUCUUAUUUAUUUACGACAUAUCUUUCUGUCUAUCAUAUCGUUUCUGUGGAUGGAUUAACAACACAUCUAUUCAACUCUAUAUUAGGAAAUACAUGGUAAUGGAGUCAACAACACAAUAAGAAACAAUGUCGUCACCAACAGAAGUUAUUUCCAACAUCGAGGAGCCACAAGAAAGGGCGCCAACUCAGACUACCUACACCUUGGAAACAAACAGACGUCUACAGAUAGACCUUAGCGUCGAUAAACUAUGUUACACAGUGAAUCCAAAGAAUCUAAACUUCUUCCAGAAAUUGUCCACUUUACAGAUGCCAUGGGAAGUAACGGAAUGUUCCGGGCCACAAAAAGUCUUAGACAACGUCACAUUCACAGCCAAAUCGGGACAAUUGCUGGCCAUUAUGGGAAGUUCAGGAAGUGGUAAGACAAGUCUGUUAGAUGUAUUGGCAGGACGUAUUACAGUUGGUGAGAUACUUGGUGAUGUCUUUCUGAAUGGUGUUCAACAGAACAAUUCCAUGAUUAGAUCGUUCUCAGCAUACGUUAAACAAGACGAUAGACUGUUACCUCAUCUGACGAUAAAAGAAACACUUAUGUUUGUUGCAGAAUUAAAGCUACCGACAACAUUUACGAGUAAAAAAAUAGAAGACAGGGUAGACAGUGUGAUAGCCGAACUCGGAUUAAGACAUGUAUCAAAUUCAAAAGUUGGAAAUGCAGAGAGCCGUGGUGUGUCUGGUGGUGAGAGACGUCGUGUCAGUAUUGGAAUACAGUUAUUGCUCGAUCCAAGCAUUAUUUUCCUCGAUGAACCAACGUCAGGUUUGGAUGCUUUUACAGCUCAUCAUCUGGUCGAAACUUUAGCAAAGAUGUCAAGAAAUAACAGGACAGUCAUAAUGUCUAUACAUCAACCAAGGUCUGACAUAUUUGAGCUGUUUGAUCGAGUUAUGAUUAUGACAAAAGGAAAUGUUGUUUAUAAUGGCGAAGCCGCAAAAAUGGUUGAUUAUUUUACAAAUCUUGGAUAUCCUUGUCCUCAUUUAACAAACCCUGGAGAUUAUUACAUUGAUUUGGUUACCUUGGAUCCGUCAUCAGAAGAAACGGAAAUGUCCAGUAAACAAACAAUGGAGAAUCUGUUACAGAGUUAUACACAAAAGAGGUCCGUUGUGUCAGAACAAGAUAUAUCAGUUCACACAGAAGAAGAGGUUCCAAUGAUGGACAUGUUGAACAUGAUAAAUAAGUUCAGUCAAUCACCAGGAUAUUUUAGACAGUUUUCCGUCUUGUUCAGGCGAUGUACACGUAAUAUAUUAGAAGAUUACCUUAACCUAUCAGCACAGUUUAUCCAGGCGUUUGCCAUGUCUUUUGUUGUUGGUUUGGUUUAUUAUAAAUUGGCAUAUGGUCAGAGUAAUAUACGUGAUUGGUUUGGUCUAAUGUACAUCCUGGCGGCAUUAUACCCUUAUAUGGUCAUACUUGAUGUUAUAGCCCAAUAUCACAAUGAAAGAAACUAUUUGUACUGUGAGCUUGAAGAUCAUCUGUAUGUUAUAGGUCCUUACUACUUUGCGAAGAUUUUUAGUGAGCUGCCGUUACAUACAUUCUACGUCAUAGUUUAUGUUAUACCAGCGUAUUUCUUAGCUGGACUUACAAAUGACGUUUCAGUAUUCUUUCAAGUGUUUGGAUUAUUAUACCUGAUGAUAUACUGUAGCAGAUCACUUGCUAUGCUGUCAUCGGCAAUAUUACCUAACUUUCAACUCUCAUGCUUUUUUGCUCAGACUUUCUUUUCAAUGUUUAUUAUGUCGGCAGGAUUCUUCAUCAACUUGGAUAAUAUAUUUUCAGGUUUACAAUGGGUGUCAAACAUUUCUUACUUAAAAUGGGGCUUUCAAGGUUUAGUGUAUGCUGAAAUACCAAAACUAACUUUUGAAUGUAGUGUAAACGCUACAGUACCUUGCAUAGAAAAUGGGGAUCAAGCUAUUAUACUUUAUGCCUUGGAUGGCGGCUCUGUUCUGGAAUCUGUAUUAGCUAUCUUAGGAUCUAUAUUUGCAUAUUUGUUAUUAUAUUUUAUAUGUUUGAGGUUUAUUCCACAAAAGCCACAUCAAAUGUAACGCCAAUCACAUCUUUGAUAAUUAGUAUACAACGACAAAUUGAUUACAUAUCAAUUCUCAUAUUUAUUAGAACGGGUUAAUUUCUUAUUGACUGAAUUAUAUUGACCACAUGAUUUCGUCAUUACUAAUGAUUGAUAUUAUAUAUCGAAAGCAGAUUAUCUGUAUAAGUCUUGAUCGAGAACCUUUUUGAUCACGUCUUAUGCAGAUAUUCUGUAUUUUUCUCUCAAUGAGUGCCAUUCCAUUCCGUUCCAUCUCGUAUCGAUUUUGACAUUUUCUUUAUGUGGAAUUAACUGCUUUUUCAUGUUUUAAUCUGCUGAAAAUCAGUACCAUAAUGUAGUUAAAAUUCAUUCAAAACAACAUUUGUUCAUUCCAGUAACGAAAUGUUCAUUAAUCAAAAUCGGAAAUAUACUGUACUACUUAUAGUUCAAUAAGAGGCGGGGUAUUAAAGGUUUUGCAUUAGCAGGAAAGAAUGACAGUAAUAAAUAUGGUACUAAACAACAAUAAAUAGUAUUCAAACAGCAAUGGCAUCGAUCAAGAGAAAAUCAAAUUGAAACAUGCAACAGAUUCUGUGCUCGCAGUUCAUUUUGUGCAGAUUACAGACUGGAAAUUUUGAACAUAAAUGAAAAGAUAUGGAAUGAUAGUUUGGUUACCAAAACAGUUGAAGAGCUAUUUAACCGAAAAGAACAAAUAAUAGCCAAAUAGCUGAAAUAGCCAAAAAUUUACGGCAUUUUUCGAAUAAAAUGAAUUAGCGUGUAAUUUUAUUUCUUAUUAUUUUAAGGCAAUGUUUAAAUGUGUGCACACGUUUUGUGUUAUUUAAAACAAAUGAUCCAUUUUAAUAUUUAAAAAAAAACAUUAUCAAUUGCCAUAGUUAUUUCAUAUAUAAUUUGGUCGAGUUAAUUGUUGGUAGACUUUUAAUUCAAGAUAAUAACAUCCACUCAGUAGUUUCUGUAAUAAUUCUCUGUUGGUAAAUUUUAUAUAUAUUAUAAAAGCUUAGGUUGUAAAUCCCCCAUCCGAAACCGCCUUGAUAUAAAAUUAUGAGAUGUGGUAUGAUUGCCAAUGAGAAAGAUAUCAAAAAGUGCCCAAACGAUUGAAGGUAAGUCGGCUCAUAUAUGUUCACCAAAGUUAAAGAUUGGAGGCA